UUUCACUCAAUUUUAUUACAUUUGAUCUUUUUCUGAUUAAUAUUUUGCUUCGAAUUGGAGUGCUCGUAAUCGACAAGUGUUGACGGUUAAUUACAUUUAUUUUGUAAUGGUUUUAACGAUAAAUAUUCAUUCUUCAUCAACAAUGAUUUAUUCAAAGAGACUAUGGACGGUGGCGGUUACUCUGGUGAUGAUGAUUUGGGUGGUAGAACAUCACAGCCGACAAUUUCAUCAAAAAAGCUACAACAAACUCAAGCAAAAGUUAAUGAAGUUGUUGAUAUUAUGAAAGUAAAUGUUGAAAAAGUAUUAGAAAGAGAUCAGAAAUUGUCAGAACUUGAUAACCGUGCUGACGCUUUGCAACAGGGGGCAGCACAAUUUGAGCAACAAGCUGGAAAAUUAAAAAGAAAAUAUUGGUGGAAAAACUUAAAAAUGAUGAUUAUUAUUGGGAUCAUUUGUACUAUUAUUUUGAUCAUAAUUAUAGCAUCUGUAAUUCCAAGUUCUGAAGCAUCUCCAACACCACCACCCAAAGGAAAUUAAGAAGGAAAUGUUAUUUUAUUCAUCAAUCAAAUCUCAUUUAUAAUUUAGAAAGUAAAAGAAAUCAAACGAAUUCAUUUUUAAUUGAACGAGUAUAAAAAGUGAUGCAUAUAUGUAUUUAAAAAUAUUAUCUUGAAGUCAAGAAAUGAAUCUACUAGUGUCUAGAAGUAAAUUGGGGAAAAAGGAGUAUUUCAUGGAAUUAAAAGAUUAUGAUCAUAAAAAUGUCCAAGCACAAGUAAUUAUUUAAUGUAAAAUGGAGCGUGUUUAAUGGUAUUUUUACAUUUUAUUGUUAUACGUCAAUCAUUUAAUAAUGAUUU